AUGCCCGCUCGAAAGGUAAUCUCGCAGCAGGCGGUAGCGCGUCUUAGCGCGUCCGGUCUCCAGACCCGCUUGCAGGUAAUUCGCAUGACGUCGUCAUGCGUUUUGCCAUGUAUACACCGCGUCGGCCUCGCAGCUUGCGAGCGACUUUGCGUGAUCAGCUCCCAUUUCUACGGCCGUAUCCUGCUGGCUCAGGUCUCCUUGUUCGUCCAGCCUCUGUAUGCUGACUUCCUCGGGAAAGCCUCGCGGGUCCGUGCGAUGGAUUUGCCCUGUUGCAUAGUUAGGACCUUGCUGCCCAAGCGCUGGGCGCGGAUUCAGGUCGAAGCACAAGGUCCGUAG